AUGAUGCGUCGACGAGAUGUCCAAGGUGCGUUCGACGAUCGACGAGCUCAACGACAUCAGCAUCCUCCGCGCGAGCAGUCACACGUCAUGACGAUCUACUCGCUGUACAUCUUCGACAGGCACUGCGACUGCGUAUACUACCAGGACUGGCACCGGACACGCCCAGUGCGGCCGUCGGCGAACGACAAGCCGGACGUCCACCGGCUGCAGGCGGCGACGGCGCCGGGACAACGCGAGUCUAUAUUCAGUUCGUCGUCGGGGGGACAACCCAACCAGCCGGGGCAGAUGGGUCAGCACCCGCAACAAGCACAGACCGGCAGCGUCGUGGCUGGCACGGCCAGGAAGUCCGGACCGGGGCUGCCGUUCGAUGAGGAGGCCAAGCUUGUCUACGGUGUUGUUCUCAGCAUGCGGAAUCUUGUCAAGAAGCUGUCUGGAAAAGACGAGCAGUUCACAUCGUACAAGACAUCACAAUACGGAUUGCACCUGUACGAGACGCUGACGGGGUACAAGUUUGUGCUGCUGUCUGACCCGUCAACCGAUUCGCUGCGUUUCGUUUUGCGCCAGAUCCACACGGGGCCGUUCGUCGACUUUGUUGUCCGGAAUCCGCUCGUCGAGAUGGACUCGCGCGAGCGAGGGAUCGACAACGACCAGUUCCGCGCCGCCGUAGACAAGCACAUCAGAAGUUUGACCAUGUUCAAUUAG